ACCGUGUUGUAAAGUGCUGCCCAUUGCUCUCCAGACAGAGGUGGGAAUGGGGGACGCCUACAUAAUUUACCCCCUUUUUCCACCACACCUCUUCGUUUACACCUUUACUACUCGGUUGCAGUAGGACAGACAGGGGUCCCGAUGCCUUCAGUUCUAUUGUUCUUUUUGUUUUUAAAGACAGAAUGAUGCUUUUAUGUUCCUUGAGUUUUUUUGUACUAGUUGGAUUGUGUAAUGCUGACAAUGAGUCUGAAACUCAACAUGGACCACAAUCACUCGGUUUGGCGUCUUCGGUGCGCUCUGUGUGCAGACCCAUCCCGAGCACCCUGGCUCUUUGCCACGGGAUCGGCUACAGACAAAUGCGUAUACCUAACCUUCUCGGCCAUGAUUCUUUGAGGGAGGCCCAACAACAAUCUGCGGCAUGGAUGCCCCUGAUUUCCAAGCUUUGUCACAGGGACACCAAGAAGUUUCUUUGCUCACUAUUCGCCCCCGUGUGUCUGCCAGAGUUCAGCGCGCCAGUAAGCCCGUGUCGGAGCCUCUGUGAGGCUGUACGAGAUGGUUGUGUCCCUGUUAUGAGCGCCUUUGGUUUUCCAUGGCCGGAGAUGUUUAACUGUACACGGUUUCCACGUGGAACCGAGCUCUGUAUCCCAGCCACUGGAGAGGGGGACACGCGGACAGACGAAGAGCUCAAGAACGAGGAGGCGCUUAAAGGAACUGUUAUCUGUGAUGCUUGUAGCCUUGCUGCAGAAGGAGAAACUGACAUCCAGGACAACUUCUGUCAGAGCCCAUAUGCCUUUAAGAUGCGCCUGCGGAGUGUUUCCACUGUUGGAGGAGAACGGCAGUUGGUGCCUACGCCUCGGAGUCGAAUCUUGAGAUGGGCAGGAGGAGGCGCUGAGAAGGCGGAGGGGAUUGGUGGUGCAAUGGCACACAGUGAUUUGUGGCUCCCUGAAGGGGGCAACUGCAUUUGCCCUGGUUUGGACUCUUCAGAGCUGUCAGGAACAAAACUAGGAGACAAUAAAGAUGCAGGGCAGGUCAAUGGAAGUGAAAGUGCUGCAGUUCAGGGGUGGAAUCUUGUUCUGGCUAAAGCAGAAGAGGGGAGGUUGGUCAUAACCCGCCUGGUGAGGUGGACCAAAGAUGACAAAGAGCUAAAGAAGUUUAUCAGAGCUCUUCUUAAACAGCAUUGUCCAGAGAAAAAUGUGUAGCCAUUUCAUUUUACACAGCAAAUUCAGUACCAUUUAUAAUUGCAAAUAGAGGUGGGCAGAUAAUCAAAAUAUUGUGAAUGCUAUUUUAUUUUUAAGAAAUGCAAAAUUUGAAUAUAAACUAAAGUAUAUUGUUUCAGAAGAUGAAAAAAACUUCCAAGUAAGGAUAUACAGUGAUGUUUCUGCACUAAAUCCAGUAAUAUUAUAGUUGUUUCACAUUUUGUCUGACACUUAAACAUGGACUCAUAGAUUUAAAGAUAUGUUUUAACACAUUUCUGUUGGAAUGACAUAAUAUAGGCUGAAUAAUUUUAUUAAGAUAUUUUUUGUCAAUAACAUCCACCUUUAAUUGCAGUACAUUAAGUUAUUUCCCCUACUACAUAGACCCACAGCAGUGUUCAUUUGGGUCUGUGAAUGUGUUUUUUUU